GCCAGGUACCAAAGGUACGGCUGAGUCAGGCUUUGCCCACAGAAAACCGUUACAUUGUCCACAGAGUACCCGUGCGCCGUGGCCGUUCUGUUGCGAGACUGCCCAGAGACUUGUUGCAGUAAUUUAUCGUUCUGACGAAUAGUACACAACCUAAAGAUGCGCAUAAUAAUCUUCCUCCCUCUGCUGGCCUUGGUGCACACGACAGCUGCUCAGCGGUCUGUGGCACUCAAUGUGGGCCCCAUCAACUACCGAGUGAAUGAACUUGAGCCUGAGGAGCCGGAGCAAGCGACUCCAGUCACGCUUCAGUGCGACUUCAGCUCCGUGGGAUGGACCAUUCAGCCAGGCGACUUGGAGGAGAUCACCUGGUGGAAGGAAGACUGGGACAUCGGGGAGCAUGGCUACGAGUGGGAAGACAGGGGACGGCACGAGGUCCUGAACUUCAACACACAGAGGAACUUCGUCUCCUACGGCACCUUCAACAACUACGAAGGACGCACUAACCUGGAAGUGGACGAAAUGGGACGAAACAGGCUGACCAUCACACGCGCUAACAUCCGAGACAACGGAACAUUUGUGUGUGAGGUGGAGCUGUUCAGUGGGACCCAGAGACACCGGGCAGAGGCCACCAUGUACCUGGAGGUCCGCGCUAAACCGACGCGUCCAACAAUCAGGGCCUUCUAUCUGCCAGAAACCAGGGAAGUGAUGAUGAUGUGCAACUCCACGGACGGCAACCCCGGCCCCACCUUGAGCUGGUGGAACAACACACAGGACAACCCGCGCGGAAGGGAGCAACUGUUCGUGGACGCCCUCUUCCGAAACUACACCAGUAUCACAGGCUACGAAGACGCAGGUGCGACUAUCCGGUUCCGUAUAGAUGAGGAGAGGAACCUGAACGACAGGUACAGCUGCGAAGCUCAACAUCCACUGCUGUUCGAAAGGCGCCUGUACACAAACAUCACCCUGGCUAGGCCAGGCAUUCCGGAGAUCCGAGUCAGCCCCUACAUGGAGAACAACAUCCCGGCCGGGAAGGACGUGGUGCUGGAGUGCAGGGCCAGCGGUCAGCCCGAGCCCGUGUACGUCUGGAGGAGGAUCGGCCAGAUGCUUCCCAAUGGCCAGGAAACUUUCAUCGGGGAGCACCUCACCAUCUACGAUGUGCAGUCCAGCGAUGAGGGGAGAUAUGAGUGCACUGCUCAGAACGCGUUUGAGGAACGCAGUGCUGCAACCAGCAUCAUUGUGAGAGCUCCAGAAAACAUCAUCAAUGAGGUGGAACUGCAGGUGGACGACAGAGUCGAUGCCUUACUACGGGCUAAGAUCAUUGGUGGUGUGAUUGGAGCCGUGCUAGCCCUGGUGGUCGUCAUUGUUGUCGCUGUCAUUGCUUUCCAGCUGGUCAAGCGACGAGGUUCAACACCAAAUGUUUACAAACAGCCAACUCAGAGCCAACCAAUCACUGCUGAAGUAACAGCACUGGAGAUGGAAAUGGAAGCCCCUGAAACAACACCAAAGGAGAAGGAAGCAGCUGAGUAUGCCGCCCUAAAAGACUCGGAGGCAUGAUCUCCGUUGCUGAAAUCAGAUGUGUUUGAGCAUGUUUGUUCAUCAACAAAUGUUGAGAAUGUAGACAUAGUUUUUUUUAAGUAGACAUUAGAUUCUGCAUUUUGUGAAAGGCAAUGACUGCAAGUUACUAGUACAAAUGUGUGGUCCAUUGUGUUAAAAAGAAUACAAGUAGCCCCUAUACAGUAUGCACAUACUACACACACAUGCUUUCUUUCCUUCUCGCAUACUUCCACACAAAAUAUACAUGCCAUAGUGUUUUGGCUUACACUGAUACGUAAACCUAACAUUGAAAUAGAAAGCCAGUAGUAUAAUUAGCAAUUCUUAGGAGUAUCUGUAGAACAUCAAUGGUGAAAGAAAGGAAUAUCAGUUACACAAAAUUAGUGAAAAGUGCUCUGUUCAGUUUGUUAAGUAUCACUGAAACAUAAUGAAAUUUGCUUGCUAUUUUUGUCAAGCUGAAUUAUAAUAGAUACAAUCAUGAUUCCCCUCAUUGUAUAGAUUUCUCACGUGAACAAACGCUUCAUUUCUUCUUUACAUCCUUCCCUACAUGUCGAGUAGCAUACCACCAGUGUAGGAUAAUAGUGAAGCUGGCCAGGAAAAUUAUGACUCAAUAUUAUUACUUCUGUAUUAAUUUGCUAUUGCUUUGGAGACUGUUACAUGCAAGCAGACUUGUGCGGUGUGCUUACCUUCAAAUGGAAUAUAGCUGUUCUUUGAACACAGCAUAUUGUGUGUUAUGUUUGUUAUUUGCAGUGCGAUUCUGACGAAAGACAUAAGCACCAAAAUCUUCAUCAUAUGUUGCUUUGAGUCAAUUCUGCGUCACCAUGUGGGUUGCUAUUGUCAUUAUUCAUCUAUCAACAUGUAAAAUGACUACUGACUUGCUACACAAAACACAUGACUCAGGGUCUUGUCUCUGAGAAAUUUAUUUUCAUGAUGUUCUGACUUCCAGACACUUUACAUCCUGUUAUCAUCAUCUUUGCAUGCAUGACAGAAGCACAACUGCCUCCAAUCCAAGUUCCUCUUAUUCCAUAGAGAUCUCUUGCAAGCAAAUAACACAUCUGUUCAGAGGUCUUCCUACUUAAAGACAACAAGUAGUCUGCUAGUCUCAUCAGUCAAACAACUUUAAAUGGACAAUCCCAUUUACCACUGGUUCAGAGAACACACACCGUAUUAAACUUACAAAACACAAAAUGCAAAUCAGGGUUGAAACUUCACAAUAAUACUGUUCCAUAUUUUCCAAGCAUACAUGCUCUACAGGUAUUCACAAUAGAAUAUACAUAUUCAUGUCCUUGGACAGUCAGUCAUUAUCAUGCAUCUUACAAAAGAGAUUUUGAAAUUUCCUUAUCCCUAUGUACAAGGCCUUGUUAGACAGCACACAAUAUUACAAGGAAACAAAUUCACAAUACAGAUCUUGAAGCUUGUUUCACACUUCUUUUUUAUACAUAAAGAUUGCAGAACUAGUGUUUACACAGAUCCACCUUCACCUGACAAUAAAACCAUUUCUGUCUUCUUGAACAACUUUGCACAUGUACAGCAUCAGUGACUAGGGAUGUAUGGCAUUUCGUACCUGACACAGUUUGACACAACGAGAAAAGUUUAUAUUUAUAGGAUUGACCAGCAAGACAACAGGCCAAUGUUGAGCACGUGCUAUAUUAUGUAGCAGACAGAACUAAUAUUUAUUCUAAUGUUGACUUGUAAAAACAGACUUUUCAUCUUUUUUAAGAACAUGUUAACAAUUAGAUGGACACCUUUUGUCUUUUCACAUCUAUGAAAAGCUAGGAAUAGUAGACCAAAUAUUCACACAUUCACACACCACUAAAACUAUAGAGACCUUUCUAUACAACAUAUUUGACAAACUAGCUUCUUGUGAUAACAAAUCUCCAGACAAAUGUGAUAAAUGUUUUGUGGUGAAAAGUUUGUUCAGGUCUUGGUAGGUCUUCCUUGGUUGAUUUAGGUGGCAGUUUUCUUUCAAAUUCAUGACAAAGCAAGAUCCGUGAAUUUUCCAAAGUCCAUCACUCUGGCAUGAUUGACAGCAAGUCCAAUACAUGUACUCCAUGUGCACUUCAGGAACACUGGUAACAACAGCAGAGUGACAUGGAUGCAUGUCUACCAUAUCAGACUGCAUGGGUAUGGUUGGGAAACAUUGACCCGACUCUUCAAAGCAAAGUAGAGCAGAUUACUCACAAAAUCUGCAGAGCAACUGUGAUGUGGUAUGGAUUCAGGAGAGGACAGUGACAUCUACCUAACAAGCCUCCACCUGGCAUAGCUGGAUGGUAUUGUGGCUGUUAACCUUCUAUAGUCAAAAUGCAAACAUCAUGCCUAAAGUUCUCUACCUUCUAAAGUACAAUUGUAGACAUGUAUGUUGUGGAGCAUCAGCAGUCCAGUUCUCCCUUGAGCUAUCCUUAUGAAGGUUGCCUGAUGUAGAGAGUGACAGGGACACAAGCGGUUUUUAUCACACUCGUCAGUCUUGACUUGAGUCAACAUAACCUCUGAAAACUGGUACACUUGCAAAGAACAUGACUACCUGAAGACAGUGAGGCACCAAGUUGCAACAAUGACAAGACCACAAGCUGACAAAAGACAAGAACAAUAUGUGUCAUCUUAUGGUGGUAGCAAUAGAGUUAAAACAUGUUGCAACAUGUUGCAGGGUUUGAGGUACAGUCAUGUUACCCUCCUUCCAAGGCUCACUCACUAAUGUUACUUCAAAAUUCAAAGAACUAAGCUCCUUCACCAUAAAUUGUUUGGCACAUGCUGCAGAGCGUUUAAAAUAUUUCCAGAAGAGAAAAAAAAA